AUGAAGAGAUAUCAACAACAACACACACAAACGGGGAUUCCACAUCCACACUCCACGCACACAAACACAUGCGGCGCGUGCAUACAAGAUCUAUGUACAAAAUCCAACUCUCGCAUCAGCUCUGCACUGCAGCUGCAAGAUCGAGAAAUACACGAAGUCGAUUCUUGGACGAACGGACUCCAAAAUAGCAACAAAAUGGAUGUUGUACCCACUGGAAUGCGAGGCUUAAGGGCAUGUUUAGUGUGUUCACUUAUUAAGACUGCUGACCAAUUUGAGGUUGAUGGAUGUGACAAUUGUGCAGAGUUUUUACAGAUGAAAAACAACAGAGAUAUGGUCUUUGAUUGCACAAGUCCAACGUUUGAUGGCUUAAUUUCUUUGAUGAGUCCAGAAGAUAGCUGGGUAGCCAAGUGGCAGAGAGUUAAUCGCUGUGUUAAAGGAUGCUAUGCAGUGUCUGUAACGGGGGAGCUACCCAAAGGCAUGAAGCAAGAAUUGAAGAGCAGGGGGGUGAUAUACAAGUCCAGAGAUACCAGUGUCAAGUCAUGAUGAUAACAUUUUAGCGAUUGUAAAUUUGUAAAUAUACCUCUUUCCCCAUGUAUGAGUAUACCUUUUGUCCCAAUCUACAGACAUCCAAGCCGUUUUACGACACUUGUGUUUCUGUCACUAUUGUUUAGCAGUAAUUUCCUCCCCAACUGAAUGCCUAACUAGUUUGACCCUUGACCCUUAACCCUAUCCCUAAACUUAAAACUAAAAUAUUGGCAACCCGAACCCUAAACUUAAACUAAAACUCAUCGAAAGUAUAGAUGUGACUCUUUUUUUUAAUCUUUAUUUUUUUUAAUGUAGAUUAAGGUAAUUGACAAGGUGAACACACAUAACCAUCUUUAAUACUGUACUUUGAUACUUGUGAAAGAUCAUGUUUCAAUUAGAUCCCUAUUUAAAUUACAUGAAUGAAUGAUGACAUUUUUUAACCUGCUAUUUCAAAUGAGCAAAAGAAUUGAAAAUGGUAUCUCAUGUUCCCCCAGAAUUUGAUGGGGUAACAUGAAGUGCAACUUUUUUUCUAGUGCCAACUGCAAUAAACAUCCUAAUUUCUUUAUGAAAUCAUAAUCAGUAGGUUAAAAAGAAACAAACUGUGGUUUAAGGAAGUCUACAUACUUUGGGUUGUGUCUGAACAAAUUUUAUGUAAUGUUAUUUGGGUUAUAAUAUCACAAAAAUGUCAAGGGAACUUACUUAUUAUCAAACUAGAGUUCUAACCUUGCCAAUCUUCCUCAGAAAAAAAAAAUAAUACCCCCCCCCCCCCCCCCACCAAAAAAAAAAAGGAGAAAAUCUGUCUAGGCAAAACAAGGAAUGCAAUGUAUAUUGCAUCCUUAUAACUAUGUGUUCACAUAAGAUUUUAGAAAAAGAGAAGAAUCUAAGGUUCCUAAAAACACUAGUCUGAAUGCCAAAUUAAGAAAUUUUCCUUCAAAACAGGAAUGGUUGGCAGGUCUAGAUUAUACUGACAAGUUAUUAACUUGUAAUUUGAUAAUACUGAUGUUUGAAAUGCAACAAGAAUAGACUUCAUGCUUGGUAUCAAUCCAAUUGUUUUAUUUAAACUGAUGAGGAAGAAGCAAUCAAUAGUAUACAUCAUGUAUUACAUGUAUAUGUGAAGAAAAGCAUUAUCUGAAACACCUUUAUGUCACAAAGUCCUUUAAAUAUACAUGUAUUUUAUACAGUUUACCAUACCAUAAUUAACUAACAGGACUUACUGACUUGGAACUGUUGUUUCUAACUUACUUAUUUUAUAAGAUUUUCAAAAGAAUUUAAUAAUUGAAGCAGGUAGAUACUUGGCAUGUAUACCCUUACUAAAUUGUUUUUCCAAAAAUCAGGGGAAACAUCAUGAAUCUAUUUUUUCUUAUUUUCACACUUUCUUGUAAUUCUGUAAAUGUCAUUUCCUAUGUACUGUACAUGUUCAAGUUAUGUGAUGUUUUAAAUAAAAGAAUUUUCAACCAUA